CGAAGAAGAGCGAUCCAAGUCGAAGGGCUACGAAUGUAGCGGCCCGCUUCAUAUGACCGCCCGCUACGAUAUCACAAGCGCGUGGCCUGCUACAUGGUCAACAUCUGUGGUCCAGGGAGUCUUUGGACAACAACACGCACACCACGAACUGUCAGGACUUAGCUGCGUCGAUUGCUGCGAUGGCUUCAGUGAUGUGCUGAGAGGACAACAAGUGUUUGUGAAUACCACUGACAUUUGACAAUGUUUACUGUUUACUAUUAGUUAUCAACAUUGUUGUCAGUGAAUAGUGUAUAUUAUUGUGUUUUAAUUUAUUCGAGGACAUAACACCAAGUGGACAUGGACUAGCAGUACAUUUUUUUGGUGACUCCAAGAGACAAUAAUUUCAGCCAAAAUGAGAAUUAAAAUGCCAGCAGUUCGCAUCGCUCAAGCUGAUUCUGAUGGUUCAGACACGGACUCUCAUCAGGAUAUACUUACAUGCGGUGUGUGCCAAAAACAUUUCGCCCUAUCGGAUAUAGUGCGUUUCAUCCAACACAAAAUUCAAACUUGCAAUAAAGAAAACUUUGGGCAAUGUUUCCAAAAUUCAGACCGAGAACGUGAUAACGAUGACAGUGCUUUGCCAUUGUCGACGAUUAAUAGUAGAAGACCAAGCAUUUCUGCCCCAAUUUCCGGAAAAAAGAACUUGGGAAAUCGAGUGCACACACCACCACCUGCAUCUCCCCGAUUACCGGCACCUGGAGAUCUUUGUGUUGAUGGAGCUGCAUCUUCGACACCAAAGAGACGAGCCAGCAGUCCUCUCACAAGUUCAAGUCUUGAGGAAGACAUAAAGCCAACCAUUAAACAGGAGCGGAUUGACGCGUCCAUGUCACCCGAUGAGAGCAGUGGUUGUAAAAAAUCAAGAACGGAAGUUGCAGAUGCAGAGUCCAACACAACGCACAGUGAACCCAGCAACUAUGUGUGUUCCACCUGUAAAGCCAGACUGCACUCUGCUUGGAGGCUGGUACAACAUGUGCAACAUUCCCAUGGAAUGAAAAUAUACGUAGAAAGCUCACCGACCAGUAGUAAGAACGGAAAUAACAACAACCACAGUUCCUCGAGUACAAGCAGUAGUACAUCAGGAUGUUCCUCUGGCGGCGUACCUUCGGCACCCACGCCAAACAUGAGACAUCAUCUUUUACCACCCCCCGAUUUACACAAUCCAUUUGGAGUUGGCGGUUUGCUCAGAUUGCCAAUACCGCCACUAAACCAUGGCAGUAUUCCGCCAACACCGUUAUUUUCACGACCCGAACACCACUAUCGAAUCGAUCAAUUAGUAUCCGAACAGUUCCGCAACCACGGUUUAAACUUGGCAGCUGCUGCCGCUUCACUGGCAGCAGGUGGUGUACCUCCUCCACACACAAACUUUCCGUCACCCGCGGAAAGAAGUAGUAGUAUCCCUUCAAGGGAAAGAAGUACUCCAAUUAUGAACCAAUCCAAUAUAAACAUGGAACCACAGUUGGAUUUUUACUCGCAGCGGCUAAGGCAGUUGGCUGGUACAACUAGCCCCGGGGUGGCCGCUCAGGUCAGUUCUCCUAGUCCCCGGAAACUUUCUCCCCCCUUUUCCCCUCAACUUACCACAACCACCACAACAACAAAUAAUACUAGCUCUAGUAGUACAGCUAGUAAUAACAAUAACAACAAUAAUAAUAACAGCACUGGUAGCAGUCGGCCACCUAGUGUGUCACCACAAAACAACAAAGACGAACAACAGUUGAUUAAUAUAAAUACUCCAAGAUCAGCAUCAACUCCCCCAGGGAAGCCAGGCAGUCCGAGAAAUGCUACUUCACAAGACGCCAUUCACAAUUGCGAAUAUUGUGGUAAAAAGUUCCGUUACUUGAACAACCUUGAAGUUCAUAAAAAGACUCAUACUGGAGAAUUGCCGUACAAAUGUACCGUUUGUGAUCACGCAUGCUCCCAAAGUUCUAAACUAAAACGGCACAUGAAAAUUCAUCGAACACCCGAAGAUCGUACUAGUAACGCUGGAUCAGUUGAAACAAUCGAUGGAGACGAAAGCGAAGAUGAAGACAUGGAAGAUGAAGAGGAGGAGGAAGAGGAAGAAAUGGAUGCCGAAGAAGAGGAAGCUGAGGAUUUGAGUGUGCCAGCAUCGAAAAGUUCUACCAAUCCAUCCGCUUCUCUGGUGGGCGAACUCAUGGAUAAGUUUGGUCUUAGCAAUAUUGCCCAAUACAGUGAGGCGUAUAAACAGGCUCUGCAAGAAUCGAAUUCCGCGUUAAAAUUCCAAUUAGGCAGCAAGGAUCGAGACAAUAACAACACAACAAUAAAUAAUCAAUUAAAAAUGAGGGAGGACUACGCCAAAGGUUUACUACCAGUACCCACACCACAGCCUCUGCCGCUAUUUCCUCCCUUCAACGAUAGUUUUGAUCCUGCGAAGCGACUGAAACUGGAGAUGGAUCGUGGAGACUGGUGGUUGCCCGGGUUGCCCAGAGAAUCGAAAGGAAUUCCCGGGCCAAGCGCCCUCCUGCCCAACCCUUUAUUGAAGAAGGAUUCCAAAAGAAACGAUACAUGUGAAUAUUGUGGCAAAGUCUUCAAAAAUUGCUCUAACUUAACAGUGCACCGUCGAUCACACACUGGUGAAAAACCUUACAAGUGCGAAUUAUGUUCCUACGCAUGCGCGCAGAGUUCCAAACUCACACGACACAUGAAAACACACGGGAGAGUUGGAAAAGACGUUUACCGGUGUAGGUUUUGUGAAAUGCCGUUCUCUGUUCCGUCUACUUUAGAGAAGCACAUGCGUAAAUGUGUUGUGAAUCAAGGCAAGGGACACAUGUUGGGGGCAAUGUCGACGAUGCUAUCCGCUGACGAAGAUUCUUCCGCCAGUAUAACGUCGAAAGAAGCAACAUGAUUUUUUCCAUGGGGUAAUUUAAGAUUACCCCCGCCGCCCUCAAGUCUUACGUACUAACUAGUCCAUAAACUAUAGGAAAUAUGUGUUAACUUUGAAUGGUUUCAAAUAGUGACACUUGUCACGGUCAGUUUAAUUAUUCGAAUUUUGUUAAAAAAAUAACGUUGGCCUGUACAAAUAUGUGUAUUACUUGGUGACUGUUACAAGCCUAAAACAAGUUAAGUGAAAUUAAUCGUUCGUGUUUUCUUAUUUCUUUUAAUUUGUUUUCACAAUUGCUCGUAACUAUCACUUACUUAUAUGCUAAAUUAUCAAAGCAGUUUUUUAAUGUUAUUUUGCCUCCUGCUUAUUUAUUUGUAUUAAAGAUUUUUAUUUAUUUAAAAUAUUGUUUAUUACUUAUUUAAAUCUGUGUUAUAAUUAGUACAUAAGUUCAUAAUGUUUAAAUAGAAAAAUGAUAAAACGUACCGUGUUUUAAUUUUUGGCAUAAGUCUGAUGUGGUUACCAUUAUUAGUGACAUCGUGCAUUUUAAGAAAAUUGUUUAGUUUGUAAAGCACUGUAUAUAACCAAUUGUACAAAUUUGAUCGCCAAUCUUACGUGAAAUAACAACAAAUAUUGGACUAGAUCAUGUUGUUUACUGUAACCGAUACCAAAGCAUUUAGUUAUUUUAAUUAUUAUUAAGUUUAUUGCUGUAUAUUUGUAAAUUAGGUACUAGAUUUGUUGUUUGAGACUGACAGGUUUAAAGUUUUUUGGGUCUGAGGUUACAAACAAAGGCUUAGAAAAUCUUUAAAAUAUUGUACAUUCCUAUCAUAUCAUUUUUUGGCCAGUACUGCUAAACUGUAAAUAUAAUUAUCGACGUAUACUAUAAUACAGGCCCUGCCUAUUAAACGAAAAUUGUCAAUAUUGUCGUGCCAAUUGUUGUUUAUUAGAAAUAUAUGUUCAUUCCAAAUAAAAAUUUCAAUAAAUGCAUAUUAUGCAAUUUAUUGUUUAUGUACGUUUAUAAUGAACUAUUAUCUGGUAAAUAACAUUCUGGUAUUAUAUGUUCCAGUUUAAAAUACCUACAUGUUUUUCAAAAUUAAUCGGUGUUAGUAAAGUCCCUGUAACACAGGGUGAUCAUAUAGAGUUAAUGCAGGGGCAAAGAAAUUUUCCUAAAAAAAAAGUAUGUGUCUAAUCACUAAAAUUUAGUGGUAAACGAAAAAAUUAGAUGGUUUUGUAUGCAAUAUUAGUGAUAUAAAAAUAUAAUAAGGACCAGGGUCUAAUGUCGUAGAAACACAUUCAUAAUAGGUGAAACACCGUGUUAUUAUGGAUUUCAUCGCGUAAAAACGAUUAUAUGUGUACAUAGAUAGUUAGAAGAUUUGUUUAAAUUAGUGUUUCAUAAAAGUGGUUUACAAUUUUUUGACUAAAAUAAAUGUUGAAAUCCAGUAUUAAACAUGGUAAGACACCUUGUUUGGUGAAUUCAGUAAAUUUGUUUUUAUUUUAGAAGUUAUUUAUUUGAUUUUUGUUGAACGUAACCUUUUUAAAGUAUCAACAAAAUACUGAUUCCAUCAUCGCGAAAUAAAUGUAACAGUAAUUAUUAAUGUUAAUAUGUUAUUUCGAAUAUUUUUAUUUAUUUUAAAUAUGGCUGUAGUACUAAAUACAUGUACGAUUAAUUCGUAUGUAUUGAAAAUCUACUUAAAUAUAACUGUGUUCCUAUGCUGAACUUAAUAUUUCAGUGUGUAUUAAAUAAAAUCUAUUACAAAUCAAAA